GCGGAAGCGUAGGAUGGUCAAGCAAGGGACGCCGGAAGAGGAUGGGCCUAAGAUGGCGGCCUCCAUGCGUAUCUGGAAGAACCUCUCAUGUCAGGGAACGGAGCGGUGUGGCGACGCGUGCGGAGCCGUUUCCGCGCUUUCCCGGAGCAUCUGGCAGCCUGCGAGGCCGAGGCCGUGGCGUACGGCAAGUGCGUGCAGGCCUCCACCGCCCCGGGCGGCCGCCUGAGCAAGGACCUCUGUGCACGGGAGUUCGCGGCCCUGCGGAGUUGCUUUGUCACUGCGGCCAAGAAGAGCCUGAAGGGAGGCUCUUAGGAAGGACCCUAAGCUCCAGGCUGAACAAGUAGGAGCGGCCAAGUUUGCAGUGUCCCUGUGUGUUUUCCUCAUCAGCAUGGACCUUGGGCAGGAUAGGCAUUUGUUUUCUGGCACUGUGUGCAGGAUGAUCUGAGUUAGAUUAAGAUGUAACCAAACUCCAGUAAAGACUAUUGAACCUCA